AGCCCCUGGGGGCAGGAACCGAGCAGCGAGCCGCCGUUCCUCCGGGCCGAGCCCCCGCUGCUCCCUCAGCCGCCGCCGCUGCCCCGCUCCCGUCCCGGGACACGCUCGGUGUCUCCUGCAGCGAUGGGCCCGGAGCUGCUGCCGGUGUUCGCCUCCGCAGACCGGACACUCACUGCCCGCUGGGCUCGUGUUCAGCCGCUGCCGAGCGCCUCCUCCGGGGCCCUUCCCACUGCGAAAACACGAGAAUUUUGGCCUUUUUUCCUUGCUUUUCUCUCAUUCUGCAAAGAGGAUCAUUUUCCCUUUGCUAACCCUGUGUUUCCUGUGUUUCCCCGGGCCCGCCCUGGGCAGCUCCCAGUGCUAUAGUUACAUUUUAUAUUGUUGGCUUUUCGCGAAUAUUAAAAUGAAUGUUGUGUGUGUAAGAAUGGGAAAUUUUGUUGUUUUAACAUAUUUUCCUUUAUUUCUGCUAGAAAUAGUGGUAUAAUACAUAUAUGUCAAACGAUGACAUAGCAUUAAAACAAAAACUACUUUUGUCUGUGUAACCCAAAGACUGAAGAAGAAAGCUGGAGAUCUUUUUUUCCUUUUGUAAAUUAUCCAGAUGAAGACAGCAGUGACCAUAACUCUGGGGGGAGGAAUUUAUUGCAUUCCUGGUACCAGGGAAUGUAAAUCUCAAUGGUGCCAGGAGGAUUGAUCUAUUGGGAAGGGGGCAAGAGAAAACUGAACAGAAGAACACCAAAGAUCCUAAGAAGAAUGUCUGAAUAUGUGUGAGAAUUUAUGGAUAUGUGUGAGAAUUUAUGGAUGUGUAGCAGGGUUCUGUUUUUAAGGGACAAUCCUUGGUCAGUGAGGUGAAUGCAGAGACACCCGGCCCUAUCUGUACACUUUAUUUUUUUCUCCUAAUUGUCUUUUAAACUUUUAAAUUCUGUAAACAUUAUGUGAACCUCGUUUUUCACCCCAGGUUCCUCUUCCUCCUGCAGAAGCGGCUCCCGAGCAAGGCCAGGCAAACAGGCGCUGAUAACACAACUUCCACAAGCUGCAGGUCGCUUUGCCAAGGCCGCCGAGCGCAGACGAGCGCCCCGUGUUUGUCUGUGAACCCUGGCAGCGACACCUGCUCCACGGGGCCUUGGUGCCAGGGUACAGCCUGGGGUAAUGACUCUGUUUAUCCUCUUUGGGUAAUGCUGAUAAGGCCACGCAGCCCCUCCCGCGCCGAUUCAUUGAGAAAACGGCCGUUGACCGCGCUGGGAGCUCGCCUGGCCCGGCCAAUCGGCCCAGCAGCCACGGGUGCUUUUAAUGAGGGCUGCUUAAUCAGGGCGGUCAAGGCUGCGGAGGGGAGUUCACCGUGACCCGGCCCUAUAAGAGCCGCCUGGAGCAGCCACGGGCCGGCAGAGCUGGGGAAAAACUGAGAUAUUUUGGGAUUUUACGGCGCUCUCCAGCCAGCUGACGGGAGUUUGGGCGAGGAGCCGGCUGAGCCAUGAGCACCAGCGUGGAUACGGAGUGUGAGAGGUGCCGGUGCCACGGCAAGGACAAGCACCCUGCCAUCCUGUACACGCUGCUGAGCCAGGAGCUGCGCCCCGGCGGGGCCCGGCAGCGCUGCCUGUGCCACCAGCGCCGCGCCGUGUGCCUGCGAACGCCGCACGUCACCUGCCGGGCCGCCUCCGACGUGCUGGUCAAAACCAUCAACUUCGUCAAGAACGUGGCUGCCUUCCACCUGCUGCCACGGGAGGAUCAGCUGCUGCUGCUGGACAGCUGCUGGGUGCCCCUCUUCCUGCUGGGGCUGGUGCAGGAGAUGGUGACCUUCGAGGUGAUGGAGGCCCCGGCCCCCAGCAUGCUCAAGAAGAUCCUCCUCAGCGGCCAGAGCAAAGGGCAGGAGCCCGAGGGGACACAGCCCACGCUGGCCGCCGUGCAGCGGCUGCAGUGGUGCCUCAACAGCUUCUGGAGGCUGGACCUGAGCCCCAGCGAAUACACCUACCUGAGGGGAGCCAUCCUCUUCAAUCCAGCCAUCCCCGGGCUGAGGGCUCCGCUCUACAUCGAGAGCCUGCAGUGGGAAGCGCAGCGAGCGCUGCGGGAGCUGCUGCACCCCGAGGGCCAGGGCCGCUUCUCCCGCAUCUUGCGGGUCACGUCCUCCUCGAGAUCCAUCCCCGCCGCCCUGGUCACGGAUCUGUUCUUCCGGCCGCUCAUCGGGGACGCCGGCAUGGGGGAGCUGCUGGUGGAGAUGCUGUUCGAGGUGGCAGCGUGGCCACAGGCGCCGUGGCUGCCCCUGCCCUGCUGAGCAGGGGCUGGGGAGCUCUCCGGACUCUGCCGCGUUUCACCGGGGCUGGAGCAGCCCUGGGGAAGCAGCUGCGGCUCCGCCUGGGCCGCUCUCCAGUGCAGGGAGUGUUUGUGGCCAAGGGUUCCCUGCCCUGGCCCCACUUUUCACUCCCUUUGCUGUGAGCUCCAGGCAGUGAGGGCUGUCCUCAGCCUGGUCCCACGGUGUCUGACAGCAAACAUCAUGGAAUGAGCUCUGGGUCUGGCUUCUGUGCUUGGAAUCUCAGAAAUACUCAGGAAAUUUCUUCAGGGAAAAAGCCAGAGUGUUAAAUCCUACAGGGUGUACAGACUCAGCCCCCCUUUUCAUUAGAUUCCCUUUUUCCUGCAUAAUUCCAUGAGAUAAAACAGGAUUAAGAGCAUUUAGGAACACCUAAACCUACUGCACCUCAUGUGGGGCUCUGGGCUUUCCUGUCUGUGAAAAGUUAAACCCGAGCAGAGCUGGUUUAGUGGGAGAUCCAAACCUCCCUCCCUGGAGUUAGAGACAGGUGCACACCUGGAAAACUCGCUCCUGCUGCCUCCAGCAGGUGAGGUGUCAGUAUUUUAUAAGUGAACAUUUGUGUGGUUUGUAUAUAAGAUGCAAUAAAUUA